GAGGUGAGCAACAGCUACAUGUCACUCCCAGCUGUGUUGGCCCUUUACGUGUUUAAUCCAAAUUCAAACACCAAAACUUGAAUAAGCAGCACAUCACUCACAUAUUUUUUUUAUUCUGUCGUAUAUCCAUUUCUCCCUUGCCCUCCCAAAUUAUAGAAGAAUGGCUAUCUCUAAUUUUAUUGUAAAGCCAUUUCCUCCUUUAUUUCACAUCCAAACCAAUAAUUAUCGAUAUGAUUACCAUACCAAGAAACUGGCCCUGAAGUCUAACAUCGUAUGUCUAAAAACAAACAAUAUUAGUACUACUUCUCCACUUUUUGACCAAUCUAGACCUAGUCUAUUCAAAGAUAAAGAUUACAAGCUCUCCUGGCAGGAAGAAGUUAAAAGAGCAUACCCUUUAGAGAUUUCUAAUCAAAACUUGAAUGAUGAUGAAAAAUUGCAAGAAUUGGUUGACAAGAGGUGUAUAGAUAAUUUUAGAAUGUUGAUAGUAGACUCAGUGCAACAUGCAAAGGCAGGGCAUGCUGGAAUGGCUCUUGGGAUGGCUGAGGUUGCAUAUUUCUUGUAUAGACACGCCAUGAGGUAUAGUUUAACAAGUCCGAAGUGGUUUAACAGAGAUAGGUUUGUUUUGAGUGCUGGACAUGGAUGCCUUCUUCAGUAUGUUUGCCUUCAUCUUGCUUCUUUCCGAUCUGUUCAGAUUGAAGACCUUAAAUGCUUAUGUAAGCUUGGAAGCCGGACACCUGGGCAUCCAGAGAAUGUAGUGGCACAGGGCAUCGAAGUCACAACCGGCCCUUUGGGACAAGGUGUUGCGAAUGCAGUUGGCCUUGCUUUAGCAGAAGCUAACUUAAAUGCAAGAUAUAAUAAGCCUGAUGUUGCUGUUGUUGAUCACAGAACGUAUUGCAUCAUGGGUGAUGGCUGUUCUAUGGAAGGCAUAUCAAAUGAGGCUGCAUCCCUAGCUGCGCAUUGGAAGCUGCACAAGCUUACAUUGAUAUAUGACGAUAACCAUAAUACUAUCGAUGGUAGCACUGACCUUGCACUUUCAGAAGACACAUCGGCACGAUUUGAAGCUCUAGGAUGGAACACUAUCACUAUAGAUAACUCUCAAGGAAAUUUAGACGCGUUCAAGAAUGCAUUGAUCUCUGCACACUGUGAGACCAGAAAACCAACUUUUAUCCGGGUGAAAACGAUAAUAGGGAAAUUGUCAAAAAAGGAAGGGACAUCAAAGGCUCACCAUGGAACCUUUGAUGAUGACGAUGUAAAGCAAAUGAAACAGAAAGUUAAAUGGGAAGAUAGAGAACCUUUCCACGUCAUUCCUAUGGUUUACAGGGAAAUGCAAGCACAAACAAAUCUAGGUGGAAGGUUGGAGCAAGAGUGGCACUCUAAACUUAAUUAUUACCAAAAUAAAUACCCUGAGGAAGCCGCAGAAUUCAAGCUUCUUCUUCCUGAUGGGAUGAUUCCUGGCUGGGAAAGCUCAUUACCGAAAUGCUCAAUGUCUGAUCCAGUGGAUUCAACUAGAGGAUAUUCAGGGAAGUGCUUGAAUGCACUCGCUAAAGUUCUUCCAGGACUAAUUGGGGGUAGUGCAGACCUUGCCAGCUCAAAUCAAGCCUAUCUCCAUAAUUUGGGAGACUUCAAGCAGCCCGAUUCCCCGUGGGGGCAAAAUAUUAGGUAUGGAGUCCGGGAACAUGCAAUGGGUGGAAUUUCCAAUGGACUUGCGUUGCACGGUGGAGGGCUGAUACCAUUUGCAGCAACUUUCCUUGUUUUCUCAGAUUACAUGAAGAACUCUGUCAGAUUGUCUGCUCUUAGCCAUGCUGGAGUUAUCUACAUUUUGACCCACGACUCGGUCGGAAUAGGUGAGGAUGGACCAACCCAUCAACCAAUUGAACACCUUGCUGGUCUUAGAGCGAUUCCCCACUUGCUGCUCUUCCGACCUGCUGAUGGCAAAGAGACAGCUGGAGCCUAUAAGGUGGCCAUUGAAAACCGAAGUGUACCUAGCCUUGUUGCAUUAUCGAGGCAAAAGGUGGCAGCGAAUGUGGAAGGAACAUUGGCUGAUGCAGUAGGGAAAGGCGGUUAUAUUGUUAGUGACAACUCUGAGAAGGAGCUGCCGGAGAUCAUAUUGAUUGGCACUGGAUCAGAGCUGUGUUUGUGCGAAGCCAGCGCAAACGUGCUUAGAAAAGAAGGGACGAGAGUAAGAGUGGUUUCACUUGUGUGUUGGAGACUUUUCGAUAGGCAGCCAAGGGAUUACAAGGAGUGUGUGUUACCAUCAAGUGUAUCGAAACGUGUUAGCGUGGAGGCAGGGUCACCCUUAGGGUGGAAGGAGUAUGUCGGAGAUGAAGGCAUUGUGAUGGGGAUCGAUGACUUUGGUUCUAGCGGACCAUAUUCAGAAGUAUUCAACAAGUAUGGUUUUACAGAGGAAAAUGUGACCAAAACUGCAAAAUCUUUGCUUACCAAGAGAAGCUCUAUUACCACACAAACAUAUUACAUAUAUAUAGAGAUAGGCAUAAGUCAUUCCCCUUUUUCUUCUAUUUUAUGAGUUAAUUGUAAUGAAUGACUCAAUCAAUAGUCAUUACUCUUUCAAUUCUCCCACUGGUGGAUCAACAAAAGCUUAGAGGCUUUUUAACAUCUCAAA